AUGGCGAAAGAAGAUUUGGAGACCGUUGUGGCCUCGCCAUCUACUGAAAAAGCACCGACGGAGAAACAACGCGACAUAAGCAACGCCGAUGCGGCUCUUGAACUUCUGAACAAAACUGGCGGCCUUCAACAACCCAUCGAUCCCGCCCGGCAACGGCGACUCCUCCGAAAGAUCGAUCUACACAUCAUGCCACUCAUCUGUCUGGUCUACUUUUUGCAAUAUAUCGACAAGACGUCGCUGUCGUACGCCAGUGUAACCGGCCUCCGAGAAUCUGCUCAUCUUCACGGGAAUCAGUUCAACUGGGUGGCGUCGAUUUUCUUCUUCGGUCAGUUGACGUUCGAGUUUCCCACGAUCCGGUUGUUGCAAGUUUUCCCCCUCGCGAAAUACGUCAGCGUCAACGUCGUCAUCUGGGGCGGUGUCCUAGCUGCGUUGGCCGGGUGUAAAAGCUACGGAAGUCUGUUGGCAUGCCGAUUUUUUCUUGGAGUGGCGGAAGCCGCCAUUGUGCCUGCUUGGGUUGUCUUCACAAGCCAAUGGUACCGAAAAGAAGAACAAGCCUUCCGCGUCGGCAUCUGGUUCAGCAUGUGUGGCUUCGCCCAGAUGUUCGGAGGCUACUUCGCGUACGGGGUCGCGCGGCACGUAGGAGGCGACGUCCACGCCGCGCUGCGAGGAUGGCAAGUCAUAUUCUUGGUCCUCGGUCUCUUGACGGUCAUCGUCGGCGUGAUUUUCUGGUUCGUCCUGCCGGACUCGCCCGCCGUGGCUGGGUUUCUCUCCGAGCAAGAAAAACUCGAACACGUCGAGCGCAUCCGCGGCAACGAGCAAGGCAUCGGAUCGAAGACGUUCAAGUGGGACCAGUUCCGCGAGGCCCUCACCGACAUCAACACCUGGCUGUACGCGUUCUGGGUCUUUGCCGCCAACAUCCCCAACUCGAUCGCCACCAGUUUCGGCAACAUCCUCGUCACGGGCAUGGGGUACACCAAAAUCAACUCGCUGCUGCUCGUGACUCCGCUGGGCGCGUACGAGGUUGUCGUGCUUAUCGGCGUCACGUACAUCGCCAUGAAGACCAAGCAGCGCCUGCUGUGCUGUAUCUUGACGCACAUCCCGUCCAUCGUCGGUGCCAUCCUGAUGGCUUCGACGGAAAAGGCCUCUGCCCUGGUCGGGUAUUACCUCAGCGGAGGCAUCCCGAUAGGUUGGACGACCAUCCUGGGACUUCAAGCGACAAACGUUGCCGGGUCUACGAAGAAGAUUACCGUCACAUGCAUAGGCACGAUAGCAUACACGGUGGGAAACAUCAUCUCCCCACAAACGUUCCAAGCCCGCGACGCUCCGCGAUACCUGCCGGCCAAAAUCUCAAUCGUCAUUCUCUACUUUUUGAUCACGGUGGACCUGUGCCUGAUUCGGCUCGUGUACGUCUACCGCAACAAGAAGAGGGACGCGGCCAAGGCGGAACGAGGCGACGAUUUCGUCUUGGAGAAGAACCACGAGUUUCAGGAUCUGACCGACAUCCAGAACCCGGAGUUUCGGUAUUCCUUGUGA